UCCCCAUGGUGCCAUGCGGCGCUGACCGCUCCCGGAUGUGUGCCUGGCGCCGGAAGAGAAGACGGCCCCCCUCUCUCGGCCCGGCCAUCUUGUGGGAAGAGCUGUAGCAGGCGCUCUUGGCUCGGCGCGGCCCGCUGCAAUCCGUGGAGGAACGCGCCGCCGAGCCACCAUCAUGCCUGGGCACCUACAGGAAGGCUUCGGCUGCGUGGUCACCAACCGAUUCGACCAGUUAUUUGACGACGAAUCGGACCCCUUCGAGGUGCUGAAGGCAGCAGAGAACAAGAAAAAAGAAGCCGGCGGGGGCGGCGUUGGGGGCCCCGGGGCCAAGAGCGCAGCUCAGGCCGCGGCCCAGACCAACUCCAACGCGGCAGGCAAACAGCUGCGUAAAGAGUCCCAGAAAGACCGCAAAAACCCGCUGCCUCCCAACGUUGGCGUGGUUGACAAGAAAGAGGAGACGCAGCCGCCCGUGGCGCUCAAGAAAGAAGGAAUAAGACGUGUUGGGAGAAGACCUGAUCAACAGCUUCAAGGUGAAGGGAAAAUAAUUGAUAGAAGACCAGAAAGGCGACCACCUCGUGAAAGAAGAUUUGAAAAGCCACUAGAAGAAAAGGGUGAAGGAGGAGAGUUUUCAGUUGAUAGGCCUAUAAUUGACCGACCUAUCCGAGGCCGUGGUGGUCUAGGAAGAGGUCGAGGAGGCCGUGGACGUGGAAUGGGCCGAGGAGAUGGAUUUGAUUCUCGUGGCAAACGUGAAUUUGACAGGCAUAGUGGAAGUGAUAGAUCUUCUUUUUCACAUUACAGUGGUCUGAAGCACGAGGACAAACGUGGAGGUAGCGGAUCUCACAACUGGGGAACUGUCAAAGAUGAAUUAACAGAGUCCCCAAAAUACAUUCAGAAACAAAUAUCUUAUAAUUGCAGUGACUUGGAUCAAUCAAAUGUGACUGAGGAAACACCUGAAGGUGAAGAACAUCCAGUGGCAGACACUGAAAAUAAGGAAAACGAAGUGGAAGAGGUAAAGGAAGAGGGUCCAAAAGAGAUGACUUUGGAUGAGUGGAAAGCAAUUCAGAAUAAAGACCGGGCAAAAGUAGAAUUUAAUAUCCGAAAACCAAAUGAAGGUGCUGAUGGGCAAUGGAAGAAAGGAUUUGUUCUUCAUAAAUCAAAGAGUGAAGAGGCUCAUGCUGAAGACUCUGUUAUGGACCAUCAUUUCCGGAAGCCAGCAAAUGAUAUAACGUCUCAGCUGGAGAUCAAUUUUGGAGACCUAGGCCGCCCAGGACGUGGUGGCAGGGGAGGGCGAGGUGGACGUGGGCGUGGUGGACGUCCGAACCGUGGCAGCAGGACUGACAAGUCAAGUGCUUCUGCUCCUGAUGUGGAUGACCCAGAGGCAUUUCCAGCUCUGGCUUAACUGGAUGCCAUGACAACCCUGGUUCCUUGGUGGACCCUCCUGUUCAAAGCUUUUGCAUGCAUAAAGGAUCCCAAACGACUAAGAAAUUUAAAAAACAAACAAAAAAAAGACUGUCAUUCAUACCAUUCACACCUAAAGACUGAAUUUUAUCUGUUUUGAAAAUGAACUUCUCUCGCUACACAGAAGUAACAAAUAUGGUAGUCAGUUUUGUAUUUAGAAAUGUAUUGGUAGCAGGGAUGUUUUCAUAAUUUUCAGAGAUUAUGCAUUCUUCAUGAAUACUUUUGUAAUGCUGCUUGCAAAUAUGCAUUUCCAAACUUGAAAUAUAGGUGUGAACAGUGUGUACCAGUUUAAAGCUUUCACUUCAUUUGUGUUUUUUAAUUAAGGAUUUAGAUGUUCCCCCAAUUACAAACUGGUUUUAAAUAUUGGACAUAAUAUUGGUUUUAAUACCUGCUUUGCAUUUUCACACAUGGUCAACUGGGACAUGUAAACUUUGAUUUGUCGAAUUUUAUGCUGUGUGGAAUACUAACUACUUUAUUGUAUUUUAACUUAGUUUUAAUAUUCUCAUUUUUUUGGGGAAAAAUCUUUUUUCACUUCUCAUGAUAGCUGUUAUAUAUGCUAUAUCUUUAUAUACAGAAAUACCAGUACUUGAACAAAUUCAAAGCACAUUGGUUUAUUAACCCUUGCCUCCUGCAUGGUUCAUUAGGUUCAAAUUAUACCCAAUUCACAAUUUAAACUAUAUUUACUUCUAAAAUGUGUGACUUUCCCAUUUGAAGAACCAAACUAGACACUUUGUGAUAGUUGUUUAAGAUACUUAUUACUGCUAGAAACAGCCUGUCAAGUGAAGUAGUUCUAUGGGAGUGGGCUCUUUCCUCCCCUCACCAGGGUGGGUGGAAUAAGUUGACCUGGCUAAUGCAUAAUAUUUAAACUGUUUUGUAAAAUAAGUGUCUGGCCGCUUGGUAUGAUUUGUGUGUGUGAAAGUUCUCCAGAUCAAAAUGAUACAUUCACAAUCAACAACUCUUAAAUCAUCCUUUGUUCUGAAGAAACCAAAGGGCACUGGCUACUAUAGUGAGAUGGGGGGGGUAUUUUAAUUUUUGGAAUUUGGAAUACAGACAGCUUUACUUUAUAAGGUUGAAACAGCAGCACCAUUCAUAAAAUAUAAACCAAAAAUCCUUUUUUCCAAAUUUCCUUUAUUGCUAUUAAUUGGUCUUAAUUUUAUAGAUGAAUGUUCCAUAAAAAGUGAUAAUUAACUUUCCCUCUUCCACUUGGAAAUUAGGUAAGUAAUGGAUUCCUAGAAUGGGAGUAUCACUUAUUAAAAUGUGGAUAGAAUGGUGAAUAAACAGGUUUCCUAGGAUUUUUAAAUUUUCUGCCAUAUUUAGGUGUUAAAGUUUGGCACUCAAUUUUCAGUAGUUUUCUACUUCUGAAUGAUAAUAUUCCGUUUUUAAACUGUUGGAAAUUUAAACAUGCCUGCAAUUCAGCUGAUUGGUUCUCACAUAUUCUAAAAGAAAUUGUAUAGUACAAGAGUAUGCAUUCGAAUUUGAGUCUAGUUAGUUACCUAGUAGUCUGACAUCCUAGGAUGGAGGUAACUUUUUUAAUGAUGGAUACAUUUGUGCUGGUGUUUUGGAUCUUAUGAUGUUGAGCACGUUCUGCACUGGUGCUAAUGUCAAAUAUAAUUUUAUAUUUACAAAUAUACCUGCUUCCCAGAGCAAGUAUUGACCCCUCUUGAGAUUGCAACAUAUGCACUCCUAAAUCAGUGUGUUUAGACUUGGAAGUAUCUAAAUCAUUUCCAAACAUGUAACAUGUUUAUAAACCUUGAUUGCAACAACAUGAUUUUAGAAAACACCUGUUAGUAAAACCUGUCAGUCAUUGUUACUAGAGAAUAGACAGCAAUAUCUGGUAUGUUGCAAGCUUUCAUGACAGCCUAAGCUCGAAAAAGUUGGUCCAUUAGCUGUAUCUGAUGGGUGUAACUUUGCCUCCUAGUUCACUUUGUCAAGAGCUAAAACUGUGAACCUAAUUUUCUCUUAUUGGUGGGUAAAAAUGAAAUAAAGAUUUAUUUUCAUGCUCACUUAAAAGCAUAAAAGCAAUCAAAUAGGAGCCCAUUUAUUUUCAUGUGUUUCCUGGUUUCUGACAUCUGCACACCCCAAGAUAAUGCUGAUUUAGUUUUUAAAAGUUUAAAUAGAUUUGAUGUAGAGAUUUUAUUUUGCAAACCAGGCUGUCAAAAUUUGUGAGAAUUGCCUAUAAAUUUUAUAAUUGGGAAAGUUGAAUUCUAAGGACUGGCCAGACAUUGGCUUUUCUAUUGGAAAAUCGUAUUUUGAAUGAAGUUAGUCAUACUAAUACAAAAAUAAUCUUUUCAUUGGUAAAAAAGAGAAUCCCUUUAUAAUAUACAGAUUCCUAAAAUGCUGGCUGUUUCACUGAGCUUUUUUAUACCUUUAAAUGGAAAGUUUAAGAUGGUUUGGAUUUAAAUAAUAUGGGGAUAUGGUUUCUUUAUUAGCUAAAUAUUAUUUUCAAGCCUGUGGAGUUGCGAAUGAUUUUUUUAAGUGCGUGCCUAGGUAUUAACAUCUAGUUUAUUUCUAAUUUUUUUUUGCUUAUUUAUUUGAAAAACAGCAUACAAUUAGAAGGAGAGAAAAUUUACUCCCCAAAUGGCUGCAAUGAUUUGGGUUGGACCAGACUGAAGUCAGGAUCGUGGAACUCCAUCCUACUCUCUCCCACAUGGGUGGCUGGGGCAGAGUACUUCAGCGUUCUUCCCGCUGCUUUCCAGGCGCAUGAGCAGGGGGCGGAAUCAGAGGGAGAGCAGCUGGGACUUGAACUGAUGCCCAUUUGGGAUGCUGGUGGUGGCUUAACCCUAAGUGCCAACGUCUAGUUUCUACUCAGUUUUAAAGAAUAGAAGCAGGACACAUUAUCCCUGGGUUUAUAAAUAUAUUUGGGACUUGCUUUUGGUAUGGAUUUGGAGGGAAACUUUUAAGUAUUCGUUGUGAUUGUGUUACUUUUUUUAAAUUGCUAGACAAGGUUGCACUAAAAGAAUGUUUAUAGAAAAAUGGAGAGAAGUCUAAUUAUUGUUUAUUGGAUUUUAAAAGUAUGGAACAGCACUAGCAUGUGGAAGGAACCAAGUUUUGAAAGGUUUUUGAAAAACAAAUGUGAGGCUGUUAGAACCUAGCUGGACGUUGACUUCAAAGGUAAAAUCAUGCAGAUAUAUAGUACCGACAUGCAGCCCAGUUGCUAACCAGUACAGCAAAUUCUAGGCCUCAGGUGGAUGCAGUUCUGCUUUGUAAAGCUGGAGUGGAGAAUGUUCAACCCUCAAAAUCACUUUGGUCUGGCCUUGCCUAAGGCAACCGCAAAAAUUCAAUAAUCUAUAAAGGGCUAAUUCUUUUUAAGUUGCUAAUUUUGUAUGGCCUUGGCAGGAAAUAAAGAUUCCUCACUCCUGUUCUUAAGAAAGUAGGUGCUUAAAACUGAUUCUAACUCAAAACAUUUGCAAUUAUACUGAGGUUAAGUAGUUACUGAGAUUAAGUAGUUUAGCAAAUCUGAAUGCCAGGUCUCCAAAAUUAACUGAAAGCCUGGGAAGUUACUUAAGGAUGUGUUUUGCAGGGGGGUGUAUCAGUAGUGUUAAAACCUAAUCAGCCUUUCAGAGUCUAGUAAUUGGGAAAUAUUUGCAAGCUGAGUUGUCUGGCUUUGUUCAGCUAUGGAUAGUAAGUGAUAGUUUUUGGAAGUUUGGAUUUGAUUUCUCUGCUUAGCUAUGCCCUGGUGUUAACCUUUCUCUUUAAGCCUGUUUUGAAUUUUACAGUCUUUUUUAUUUUUAAUUUCAAAUUUGGGAGUUAAGUGAGAAGUGAUCGAAGGUAAGUCUUUGAAGUUGAGAAAUUCAAAAAAUCCGAAUAUAAGGGAAGCAAGGUUAUGACAAACAUAAGUGUAAUUUCAGAAGGGUAGGGAGACUCUUAAAACCAUCAAGAUUUUGACCACAUAUGAAAGAACCAAGUCUAGAUAAGUGUGAAAUAUGUCUAAGCAUAGGGUCUGCAAACUUCACACGGUAGCCUAUAUUUAUAUGUCUAAGAAAGGCUUUGAAGAGUUAACGGUAAGGGACUACCACAAAGGAACACAGGUGUAGCCCACAAAGUCUGAAACAUGGAAAAUGUUUGCUACUGCCUGUUCUGAUUCCCUGCUGUUACUCCUGGGUCAACAUACAAUCUUAAAAAAGUUUAGUUCUAGGUACAAAUUAAGUCAUCUUACCACAUGGAAAGUUGUGAAAUCAGUGAUUUUAAGGCAAACUUUGACUUCCAUAAUCGGCAGGGGCAAUAUGGUUGGUAAGAGUAAAGGUGGUUUUGUUAUUUUCAAUUCUGAAAACUAUUAAGGGAAGUAUAAAUCUUGUUGAAGUAUUGUAUACGUGAUUAAUGUUUAACACUUGGUACUUUUCAUAUCAGUGCUAAGUUCUGUUGUGCUAAAUGAUUUUUUUUGAGAUGAGAAUUAUACCUAUUUUAUGUAGGUAAGAACAAAUGUUUUAAUUAGCCUCAUAGUUUGAGUUGGGGCACGAAUUAAUGACUCCUGGAGAAGUCAUUUCUUAGAGCUCGUAAUAUCCACUGGGCAUGAGGUGGUUUUUGUACUAUUGAAUACUCAGUAACUGUGCGUCAGUUGUUCACUUUCAAAUGGAAAUGCCCUUUGCAAGUUAGAAAAUAAUUUACCAGAUUAAAUUUUGAUGUGUGAGUA